CAUGAUUAGAUAAGAGAUUGCAAGUUUUUUGUUUCCAUGCAAAGUUGGGACCUAAUUGCUUCAAAAUACUGACCAAUUAUAGAUAUAUGGAUAUAGUCUCAUUCAAUGCACCUUAUAGCAUAUAAAAGAAAAAUGAUCUACAGAGGAGCAAUGUAAUAUAAAUAUGAUGAGUUCUUUGAAGUUUCCUCUUGAGAGAGGGGCUUUAAUUAAUGACUAAUGUCAUAUACUUUCCUAGGAAAGAUCCAUGAAUAUAACAAAUACCAAAAGACAGUACCCCAUUGUAAAGGUUAUUGGCUUUUGUGGGAAUUUGUUUUGGGUCUUUGUUGGAUUUUUCUUUCCCAAAUCUGUACCCUCAAUAGCUGUAAGAUUUGACAAGGACCCACCAAUCCUUGACACGUGCUGCCUCCCAAAAAGAAAAGGAAAAAAAGAUGAAUAAGAAUUUAAUUUAAGCAAGUGCAGAGCGGCAAAAAGGCCAGACCCCCCCUUUUCCACUCUCUUUUUCUACCCUCUAAUCUUCUUAUCCCCUUCCUAAAGGUCUGGUAAUGUCCUUAAAACUGAAGUCUUGAAUUGGGUUUGGAUUGAGAAUCAGCAGCCCAAUUGGUCUGUCAGCAAAACUACUCCGAGUUGGGUUAUGGACAUCCAUCAGCAUCUAGAAGGCAAAGAAAGGCAAUUGGAGAAGCAACAAUUGCCAGCUAAUUCCUCUUCUCCUCCUUCAGCAUCUUCAUCCCCUUCUCAUGAAUUUUCCUUCUCAGUUUCUCUUCAAACUUCCUCCACAGACAAAGCCAAAACCUCACCUUCCUUCACCAUUGAUUUGUCUCCAGCAGAUGACAUCUUCUUCCAUGGCCAUUUGCUUCCUCUUCACCUCUUGUCUCAUCUUCCAGUCCCUCCCCGCUGCUCAACCAACUCCAUUGAAAGCUAUGCCCUUCCCAUUAGAGACCUAAUAAAUGACAAGGAGCCCAAGAAAGAGAGUAGCAGCUUCAUCAAUUGCAAGAGAGACGAACACUACCAAAACAACAGCAGUGAUACAAGAGAAAAACCCAAGUCGAAGUCUUUCUCCUUGCUCGGUUUAAGGUGGAGAAAGAGAUAUGAAGUUGAAGAGCAAGAUAAUAAAGUGGAACAUGACAAAAGGAAGUUUGGAUUCAAUUUGAGCAAUGUACUGAAGAGAUAUGCCAGGAUGGUGAGGCCAUUUUUACACUUGAGAGGGAGAAGAGAUGAUAUGCAACUCCAUAGACAGUCUUAUUCAUUUUCAGGUAAUUUAAGUUUGAGAAAGAAGCCAGAAUUGAAAGGAAGAGGCGAGUUCUUCUCAGCCCCAGUUUCCAUGAGAACAUCUCCAACAAAUAGUGGUGUUCUCCUUACAACUACAACUCUUCCUCCUUCCACUAAUGACAGCUCAAUGGAGGAGUUGCAGGCAGCAAUUCAAGCAGCAAUUGCUCAUUGCAAGAAUUCAAUACUGAAAGAGGAGAGACUCAAAUGUUAAGAGCAUAUACAACGGAUACAUAUUGUUCAUAAAUCAUAUUCUAUUUCUUCUAUAAAAAAUUAUUCAGCAUCUUUGCUUUUUCAGCAUUAAUGUGCGUAGUCUGUACGUGUAUAUAGAUAAAAAGAGAUAUCAAAUCAGUCCAGAAGGUCCGGUUUGAUAUAUAUAUAAUGUUUGUGCUCUGGCCCUUUCAAUGAUUUUUUUAUCAUGCAGCUCAA